AUGCAGGCUCCUCCUCAUCUGCCGGGGGCUGCUGUGCCCUCAGUACCAGCAGCAACAGCAGCAACAACAGCAGCAGCAGCAGCAACAGCUGCUGCUGCUGCUGCUUUCCCCUCAGCAGCCCUUCCUGGGGUCCCCCUGACGGUGCCGCCGAUGGGCCACCAGCUACAGCCGCAGGUCGCCCAGGCAGCGGGAAUGCAGCAGCUCCACCAGAUGCAGCAGAUGCAGCAGAUGCAGCAUAUGCAGCGGAUGAUGCAGGCAGCUCAGUUUGCUGCAGCAGCCAUGCAGGUCCAACAGCCCGUCGCAGCACAGCCAGACCCCCGCGCUCAGCUUUCUCUGGAUCCCACCCACUGCGCGGCUCAGAGUCUGACGGCUGAGGAGGCCGCGUCGAUGGGCAGUGUGAUGGCAUCCGCGAAACCAGAGAAGAAGAAAGUUCAUCUUAGAAAGGCAGCGGGACAUAUAUGGAGCGAUCCAACGCUCGACGAGUGGACAGAGAACGACCACAGAGUGUUUUGUGGAGACCUCGGGAACGAAGUCACAGAUGAAGUUCUGGCGAGCGCUUUCCGCAAAUAUAAAUCUUUUGAUAAGGCUCGUGUCGUGCGAGACAAACGAACGGGGAAAACCAAAGGCUAUGGAUUUGUAUCUUUUAUGGAUCCAAACGACAUGCUGAAAGCAAUCAAGGAAAUGAACUACAAAUACGUGGGCAACAGACCAAUUCGGGUGCUUCGCAGCAAAUGGAAGGACAGGGAGAUUGACUCGCAGAGGAACAAACAGAUUGCAAGCAUCGUAAAGAAGGUGGAAAAGAAUGACUCAAAGACGCUGCGGAAGUUCAAGAAACUAGGCGUGAACAUUAACGGAGGCAAAGCUGCAAGGAACCACGAAAUUUUGGCUAGCCAGGCGCCGAAGAUUAGAAAGAACUACGUGCCGCCCGUAGCGUACGGCCGAAUGACAUACCAAUACAUCAAGGGCGCUGCGCCUGCACUUCCAGCUCCAGCGCCUGGGACGGGAGCGUCUUCUCACUUGCUGGACGACAUUUGA